AUGGGCUCGAAGACGCCUUCGUCCGAGAGCCUCGUGGAGCGCCAGCAAUGGGGCAACAAAAUCGAGUUCCUCCUCUCGUCCAUCAGCUACGCCAUCGGGUUCGGCAACAUCUGGCGCUUCCCGUACCUAGUGUACCGGUACGGCGGCGGCACGUUCCUCGUCCCGUACUUCUUCUUCGUCAUCACCGUGGCCAUGCCGCUGAUGCUGCUGGAGUCGUCGACGGCCCAGUUCGCGGGCCUCGGGCCAGCUCACGUGUACGGCGUCAUGUGUCCCGCCUUUCGUGGACUGGGACUCACCACCUACUACAUUUCCUACGUGAAUACCAUCCAGUACGUCGUCAUCAUGGCCUACGUGAUUCACUAUGCCGUGAGUUCCGUGACGCGGGAAUUGCCGUGGGUCAAGUGCGACCCCAGCUACAGUUUCGACGGGUGCGUCGGGCCGUGUUCCGGCGCUGGCAACACUGCCGCUGCCGGCGGUGGUGGUGGUCGUGGUAGUAACAACGUGAGUGACUUCGUGGUGCUCAACGGGACUUGUUGGGACGACUACGGGUACGUGGUGCCCGGGAUCCUGGGUUCCGUGUUCAUCGCUUACGUCAUGUGCUUCCUGGCCAUGAAAAACGGCGUGUCCACGUCGGGCAAGGUGGUGUACUUUACGGCCUUGUUCCCUUACGCAGUGCUUCUUGUGCUCUUGGUGAAAGCAGCUACUCUGGAGGGAUUCGGCAACGGGAUCAAGUUCUACUUGCAGCCGGACCUGAACAAAUUGGCGGACUUUGAGGUCUGGUACCAGGCCCUGAGUCAAAUCUUCUUCUCGCUGGGCAUCGGCUUUGGCGGACUCAUGACACUGUCUAGGUCGGGCAUCUCUGUGUUUAUUUCUUCAUGUAUUUCAGUGGAAGUUUUCAAGGUUUGCGAUAUGACCUGUUGGGACGACUACGGGUACGUGGUGCCCGGGAUCCUGGGUUCCGUGUUCAUCGCUUACGUCAUGUGCUUCCUGGCCAUGAAAAACGGCGUGUCCACGUCGGGCAAGGUGGUGUACUUUACGGCCUUGUUCCCUUACGCAGUGCUUCUUGUGCUCUUGGUGAAAGCAGCUACUCUGGAGGGAUUCGGCAACGGGAUCAAGUUCUACUUGCAGCCGGACCUGAACAAAUUGGCGGACUUUGAGGUCUGGUACCAGGCCCUGAGUCAAAUCUUCUUCUCGCUGGGCAUCGGCUUUGGCGGACUCAUGACACUGUCUAGGUCGGGCAUCUCUGUGUUUAUUUCUUCAUGUAUUUCAGUGGAAGUUUUCAAGGUUUGUGAUAUGACCUCCUCGGGCCAAGACGUGGCAGAUGUCGCUGGGUCCGGCAUGAGCCUCACCUUCGUCACGUUCGCCACCACGCUGUCCCUCCUGCCGGCUGCCCCUGUUUGGUCCAUCAUGUUCUUCGUCAUGCUCAUCACCGUCGGGCUCGGCACGCAAAUGGCCGACAUGGAAACUCAAAUCACGGCCCUGCUGGACCAGUUCACGUCGCUGCGGAAACACAAGACGCUCGUCACGCUCGUCGUCUGCGCCACGGGCUUCCUCGGCGCCAUUUCCAUGACAUUCCAAGGCGGGAUUUGGCUCAACAACCUGCUCAACGAUUAUGCCGCCACGGCGCCGGUGCUCGUGAUGACGCUGGGCAACGUCGUGGCGCUCGUCUACGUGUUUGGCUUUGAGCGGUUGAUUAGGAACAUGGAGGAGAUGAUUGGGCCGCUGCGUCGUGGCACCUACUGGUACCUGCGGAUCACGUGGACGUGUCUCGCACCGCUCUUUGUCACCGUGCUGCUCGUGUAUUUUUUCUACGAUUUCCCGGGCACGGCUUACGAUAAACCCGGGUCGACCGACUUGUUUCCCGACUGG